AUGCUUUUCAACACUCAAGGCGCCCUCGCGGUGUCUAGUGUGCUAAUGGCAGCCACAGCAGUUGCAAAAGACUUCAAGGUGCUUCCUCGCGGCCAACCAAUAGGGACACUUCAGGGUUGCUACUCCAGCAUUCCUGGAUACGGAAAGGCAACAAGCUGGACGUUCCAGAGUUCCGGAUGGUGUCUAAACUACUGUGCCAAGGACUACGCAGCAUUUGCUUUGACAGCAGGUUCUGACUGUGUGUGCGGUAACACGCUACCACCCUCCAGUUCCAAGGUUUCAAGCGACAAAUGCAACAAGCCAUGCACUGGCUGGCCCGAUGAUAUGUGCGGUGGUACCAAGUACUACUCUAUCUAUACCACAAAUUUGGAAGACGAUGUCCCUACGUACGCCGACGAAACCAAGUCCACCACAACCACGAGCACUAGCGACAGCAAGACUACGACGCAAACCGACGAGGCUGCUGCCACCACCACUUCCACUACUUCAGAUAGUGUAAGGACAGAGACCGCGACAGCGGAGGCCAGCCCGAGCACUGUCCCUGAAGAAGAUAUCGAAGAAAAGUCCUCUAAGAGCAAGAAUACUGCCGCAAUUGCAGCCGGAGUCGUUAUCGGAGUGGUUGGAUUCGCUGCUCUCUGCGGUGCUGUCUUCUUCUGGUGGCGAUCCAAGAAGAACAAGGCCGGUGCUGCGGGUGGGGCCACUGGUGGCUAUGGCCGUGACUCGGGUCCGCCAUCGAUGUCCGAUUCUCGGUUCGAUGGGGACUACAUGGCUCAGCGCCGCCAAAGCAAUGGCAGCAUCGAUGAUGACCAUGACUUCUCUCGUCGGAUCUUGCAGGUGACGAACCCCGAUCGCUAAACCAAUACCCAUUUUUCGAACCAUUCAUGC